UAGUUUAACAUUUCAUUCACAUCUUACGAAGAAAGAAGGAAGUUUUGAAGUUAAUAGUAAUAAUAAACAUUGCGCAUGGUUUGUUUACUAGAAGAAAUUCUGAAGAAACAAAUCAUCGAACUUUGAGGUUAGAAUUGUAAAUAGACAUUAUAGAAUAUUUUAAUUGCAUAAACGCUUGACUAAUAACUGUUAGACAGUUAGUGUCAUCUGUCACUACAGUGUUGCCAGCAAAUAAACCAAUUAUAAAUACGUUUCUUUACACGCAUAAAUAUAAGAAACAUGGAAGGCCAAUUUCAAUUACUUUUUGAUAAGAUGAAAAUCGAAAUGCAAAAGCAAACAGCGGAGUUGAGUAAUGCAAUAAUGGAAAAAAUAGAAGAGAAAUUAAAACCCAUUGUAGAAGAAAAUAAAAAUUUGAAAAUCAAAGUUGGAAACUUGGAGAAAAAACUAGAUUACUUACAAAGAGAGAAGAAAAGCAACAAUAUUAUAAUUCACGGGAUACUAGAAGAAGAAAAGUCGACAUUGGAGUUAUUCGAAAAGCUGAAAAAAGUGUUUCGAAACGAAUUAGGUAUAUCAAUGGAAGAAUAUGAUGUGAAAAAAAUCUCACGCAUUGGAAAAUCAAUCAAAGGCGACAAACCGAGACCUGUACUCCUUGGCUUGAAUAGUGCAUGGAAAAGAACUGAAAUACUGAAAAAGAAAAAGAAUUUUAAAAAUAUUUACGUAACAGAAGACUAUUCAAAAGAAACUAUAGAAAAAAGGAAAGCACUACAACCCAAACUCGCGGAAGAAAGGAAAAAAGGAAACAUUGCCUACAUAAAAUACGAUAAACUCGUCGUCAAAGAAAACACAAAUGCCAACGAUAAAAGAAAAAGAGAAGAUUCUAAUUCUCCUCAAGCUGAUAUACAACCAAAAAAACAGCAGACACUAAUGGCAUCCAAAAAUAACAGGGUAAACGCAUUUGAUUUCAUGAGGCGAUCAAACUCUCUCUCAACCAUCAUAACAGAGGGAAAACAAUAGCAACGAAACAAAUGCGAUC